UCCGGCCGCCUCGACUGUGUGGUACUUCACCCCACGGCUCCAAGCAAAAGUGGCGGAACGGCGGAGGACCUGCAGCAGCGUUUCUUUCUUGUCUUCUCCAUCAGCCGUUAUUAAAGAUCGCUGGUGAAAGAGUGAAAAGGUGAAAAAGUGAAGAAAUCUGCGCGGGGUCGUUGCUGUUUGCGGGGUACGCAGUAAGAUAUGUCAGAUCACCAUGGCCACCACCACGACCACAUGGCCACUAUGGAUCCUUCCAUCACCAGCUCCCACGGAGGGGACCACGGAGGGGACCACAAUAUGGGGGGUAGUGGUGAACAACACAUGAUGAUGCAAAUGACGUUUUACUUCGGAACAAACGUAGAGCUCCUCUUCUCUGGACUUGUCAUCGAGACCCCUCUAGAAAUGGUGGGCGCCUGCUUCGUCAUUUUCCUCCUAGCGGUCUUCUACGAGGGUCUGAAAAUCGGCCGGGAGGUCCUGCUGCGUCGGAACCAGGUCAACGUGCGCUACAACUCUAUGCCUGUGCCCGGCAAUGACGGCACCAUGCUCAUGGAAACGCACAAGACUGUGGGCCAGCGGAUGCUGAGCCUGCCCCACCUGUUUCAGACGGUGCUGCACAUCAUCCAAGUGGUGGUCAGCUACUUCCUCAUGCUGGUCUUCAUGACCUUCAACGGCUACCUGUGCAUCGCCGUGGCUGCUGGGGCGGGUGUCGGCUACUUCCUGUUCAGCUGGAAGAAGGCAGUGGUUGUGGACAUUACGGAGCAUUGUCACUGACCCUCUCCAGAGGCGGUACACGUGUGUAUGUAUAUAUACACACACACACACACACACACACCCCUAGUCAGAGACAAUGCUUCGUCUGUUUAUUCCCCCACAUGCAAAGCUGGAGCUUUGCAUAAGCACCCCUCAAUAUAAAAUUAGCCCCAGUCUUAACUGGGACUAAUGAAAAACGAUUUUAUCGCAAAGAUGCUCAGAUACGAUGCAGUAUAUCUUCUGCAUGGCCAUGGUGAAGAACUCUGGCUUGUGUUGUUUUAAUGAAGUCACCAGUGCUAUAGCGUUCUGCCCGUAAUUUCAAAUGUCCUGAUGUCACUUUGAGAAUGGGGGCCAAACUUUCUGAACACCCUGUCCUCCUUCCGCAGGAUGCAGCUCUCGAUUUAUGUCCUCGAGCCUCUCUUCUGUUGCCCUCUGCCUCUUUUUCAGUUCUAUCUACAUGUCCCCGGAGCCAAACUUUAGUCUUUUGUAAGCCUACUGUGCCAUCCCUGGCCUCUUGACUUAUUUUUAAUUUUUUUAUUUAAUUUUAUUAUUGCA